CUACAGUUACCUACCGGUUAUCCUGAUGAAACCGGGCUACUGCCGCCUAAGAACGAACCACCUACCGUACCGCAACACCACCUUCACCCACUCACCAACAUAUCCAUCGCCAGCUGGUCUGUGAGAAUCCCAGACCCUCUGUUAUUCACUAUCUAGCUAACGGACUGCUUGUCCUCCCCGGCCAUUGUUGAAGCUGCUCCCCUUUCUUGCUGUUCAUGAACUAUUAGGCAGGUGGUUUGGCCAGGGAUUCAACCGUCCUCUUGUUCAAAGACAUUGGUUCCAGACGAUAGAUACCUUGGGAAACCUCUCCAUCCCUUGCCCUGGCUUGGUCGCGGCCGGCGCAGCAACGCCCUUCUUCCUACAUCUCCUAGUACUUACCUAGUCCUUGCUUCCUAGGUGAUCUGUUCCUCCCGCGAACAUUCGUCAGCAGUCGAGACUACCGAGUCACCAUUGUUGUCGACCCCCAUCAAGUGCCAACCGUCCCCUCCUCGUCCCACUUACUCAGCAGCCAGUACUUAGCUGAUCCCGCGUCCGUCCCUCGGGUCGGGCCUGCUGUUCUUCCAAUAUGACAGCAGAUCCACCUCGCAACCUUCCAGAUGAUGUUCCGGAUGAUGUUUUCGUAGAUCGCAGCGACAGCCCGGGACCCCAUCUCGCUCGAACCUCUCACCAGCAUAUUUCGCUUCCCUUGGUUGACUUACACGAGUUGAACCGUCAAAGCGUAGAAUCCAACCGCGCAUUGUAUAGUACCGGUGCGUCUUCACCAGCCACCCGCGGCGAUGACAUCGUGAUAAAAUCCUCGCCCGCUCAUGGUCAGAUCCAUUUCGAAGCGCAUACAACAUCUCCUUCUCCUCCUAUAUCAGUAAACACCUCCGGAGAGACCUCCGACCCGGCGAACAAAUACUCCCCAUUGCCAUCCGGGCACAAAACCAGCUCUCUACUCGUUUCGACUAAUAUGCCACCUGCCUCACCUCGUCGGUCCGACAGCCUCAAAGAGCGUAACAGCCGCCUAUCCUCAGCGCAACAAAAUCCUGCCUUGCAGAGGAAAACGUCAAACUCGAACCUACAGCCCGUUUCGCGGACUCCGAGUUGGAAACAGCACUUUAGUAAGGGUAUAAGCUCUACUACGAGCUCUGCUUGCCCGAGCCCUGUGAUAUCUGCUUUGGGCGACGUUACACCCCUCCCUUCCCCUCUACUGUCUAGUGAUUCGCCUGGCCCCUGGAGACGACUCGUUUCCCCUAUACCUUCGAGGGAAUUGACUGUGCCAACUAUCAUGCCUGAUUCCGUCUUCGUCACGAAGAGUGGCGAGUCUGUGGCUACUGCUCUCGAGAACCAAAACAAGAGAAAAGUCUACGCAGGCCUUCAAGUUGGACAUGCAGCAGAGCACAGCAGCGGCAAGCACGAACAUACUCGGAAUCGGAGCAUCAGCGAAUAUAUACCGGAUCCCAAGGGUAUUCCGAAACGACAGAAUACUGUUUCUACUGGCAAGGUGGACGAGAGAAUUCGCGAGGAUCCUGCAGGGCUACGGAGAGAGCCGCGGCUUUCUGAAGCUAGAGGGCUCGCUUUACCUGCGACCCCGCCAACACCUCCCCCAAGUGAAUCUUCAUUAAGUAAUGAUACUUCGGGUUCAAAGAGACCGGCAUACGAGUAUUUCGAAGCGCGCGGUAGAAAAGAUCAAAAGUUAAGACGAUGGCGAGGAAUUGAAGACCUUGGCGAAGGUACAUUCAGUAGGGUAGUCCUGGCGACGAACAAGCUCGAGAAAGAUAUCAACAGAGAGAACAGGGCCCCUAUAACGGUCUCCCAAUUGGAUCGGAAAAAAUUAGUUGCCAUAAAAAUCUGCGAACACGGACCGAAAGGCGGUGCCUCUGAAGACAGAAUCGAGAUGAGCUUAAAACGAGAGCUUGACAUAAUGCGGUCGAUCGACCAUCCAUCCUUGGUGCAUUUAAAGGCUUGGAGUAUCGAACCGACAAGAGCAUUGCUGGUCUUGAAUUAUUCUCCCGGGGGCGACCUUUUCGAUGUUGCCUCCAACUACCGGGAUUCCCUCAAAGCCCCGAUUCUGCGGCGAAUAUUUUCGGAGGUUGUGGGGGCGGUCGGGUAUCUCCACGAACGUAGAAUUGUUCACCGUGAUAUCAAGCUCGAGAAUGUUCUCGUAAAUAUCACACCAGCAGAGCUGAUUAGCCCCACCCAGGAUUGGACCACGUAUCCGUAUCCAGUAAUAACCUUGACAGACCUGGGACUUUCCCGGCGCGUAGCUGACGACGAGAAACUGGAAACUCGUUGUGGAUCCGAUGACUAUGCUGCACCAGAAGUUAUUCUGGGCCAGCCCUAUGACGGCCGGGCCACCGAUGCUUGGUCUUUGGGUGUGCUCUUAUAUGCUCUCAUCGAGUCAAGACUGCCAUUUGACCCGCCACCCGGCGCCAAUGAUUACCAGAGAAUGCGAAGCAGGACCAGUCAUCGCAUCGCUCGUGUGGAAUGGAGUUGGGUCAAGUAUGUGGGUGAAGAUGGUGAUCAUGACGCCAAUAUAGCCUUGUUCGAAAAAGAUGGGCUAAAAGGAGCUAUGGAGAUUACCGAAGGCUUAUUGAGACGCGCUCGGAGCCGCUGGCCCAUGGCACAGGUGAUUGAGCAUGACUGGGUUCGCGAGGCGAUAAAGGUAGAUGGUGGACUUAGGUUUCCAGAAGAGGAAGAAGGACAAGAAGUCUUAUGACACCGGCGAAAGUGACAUGGUAGGAGAUGGAUAUGGCUGGGGCUAAGGCUGGCAGGAUGUUAAGCAUGAAGAGGUCUGCUGAGGUUGCCACACAGCACUGCAGCUUUACUACGUUUCGAACCUAUUGAAGUAUGAUACGAUGUUGUUUCGGAGCAUUGUUCGGGCUUUCACAUCUUGCUGAGCUUUAUGGGACAUGACUUAAGACGAAGAAGUGUCUGGCGGAGUCUUUGACAUUCAGACUGCCCUUUACUUGAAGUCUACAUCCUACACACUUACAUAAUUAGAAUGUGGAAUUCUUAUCACAACAACUUUGUAAAUACUUUUUCAGCUGUGAGGGCGCGCAGGUGGAGAACGUUAUUCGUCUUAUGGUCGAUGGGCUAAUGUUAUGGGCAUUGUGGAAAAGGCGCGUGAAUUGGAAACCAUAACGGCUUAUCAAUGUUAGACCAAUAUCUUGACUACAUAGGCACACUAAUAGGCUUUUUACACGUAUCCACGAUUCUCAGACAAACCAGCAUUGCCGGAAGAGGCCUCCAGUUGAAAAUGGGAAGCUCCCCUUUCAUCAACACCACAUCUCUUUGCCUGAUCCUGAAAAACAAUGUAAAGCGGUAUCUUGCUAGCACAGAUGAAGACCUUCGACACCUACUUGUGUUGGAGGUAGAUACUUGAUAUACCACUUAUAUUAUUGUACUGUACAGCCCACUUCAGAGUGAGUCAGUCCUAAAUCCUCGUAACACC